CCUAGAAAUAUUAAAGUUUUAAUGUUUGCAACUGCCUUAGUUUAGGUAAAAAUAAGUAAAGCUUAUUCACGUGACUAAAGAACCUCAGCCUUUUUCGGGUUAAAGCAGGUGAUACUUCGUACAUCUAUUUCUAUUUGUCAAAUCGUCGCGACGCAUUCCGCAUCUGCAACCUUUAACCUACCUAGGAGUACCUACAUGUAACCGACCAGCAAACAUAUUGGAACCUUAGCUUAUUAUGGCAUACGUACUAUAGUAGGCAUCCAACUGCUAUCCGCUAUCGCCGACUAACCUCCAUUACUUGUCGCGCAACAUCAAAUCGACAAUACUCUUCAAAUACGACAUCCUGUUGAUCUCCCUCUACCGUAUUCCUCCGUCGUCGGUCGGCGUGUCUUUAUCAGUCCAUCUCAACCAUAAUCUGAUAAUCGAUUGCGAAGUCCUUCCAAAUCGGACUUCGUAAUCCCGAACUUCACACUGGACGACAACAUGGGUGUCAUCCGCAAGAAAACGGCUACGAGGGGUGGCGAGAGCGGUGUUAAAUACGUUUGCGAUGUUUGCUCGGCAGACAUCACCUCUACAGUCCGAAUAAGAUGCGCCCACAGCGCAUGCAACGAGUACGACCUUUGUGUUCAAUGUUUCUCUAUGGGUGCCGCGAGUGGCUCUCACCAGCCAGCUACCCAUCCCUACAGGGUCAUCGAACAAAAUUCAUUCCCUAUUUUCGACAGAGACUGGGGUGCAGAUGAGGAACUGCUGCUUCUCGAAGGCUGCGAGACUUACGGACUUGGAUCAUGGGCCGAUAUUGCAGAUCACAUCGGUGGCUACCGUCACAAGGAUGAGGUUAGGGACCAUUAUCUCAAGGUGUAUGUUGACUCGCCGUAUUUUCCACUGCCGGAACGCUGCAAACCAUCCGACAUGGAACUAGCACAAGAUGUAUCCCGCGAAGAAUUCCAAGCGCGCAAGAAGCGACGCAUCGAAGAUCGUAGAGAGGCUCAGAAGAACGCACCCCCGAUGCCGCCCAAGACAAAGCCCACGGCCAGUGUACCUUCCUGUCACGAGAUUCAAGGCUACAUGCCCGGCCGACUCGAGUUUGAGACCGAGUAUGCUAAUGAGGCCGAGGAGGCAGUCCAACUGAUGCAGUUCGACCCCGGUGACGGUAUCAAUCCCCAUACAGGAAACCUAGAACCGGAAAUGGAGCUCAAACUCACGGUCAUGGACAUCUAUAACUGCCGGUUAACCCAGCGCGUGGAACGAAAGAAAGUGAUUUUCGAGCACAACUUGCUGGAAUACAGGGAAAAUAGCAAGCAGGAAAAGAAGAGAACCAAGGAAGAACGAGACCUUCUGAGCAAAGCCAAGCCUUUUGCGCGCAUGAUGAACCAUGAUGACUUUGAGGCGUUCUGCCAAGGUUUAGUCGACGAGUUGAAUCUACGGCAAGCAAUUACGCAGCUGCAGGAGUGGAGGAACAUGAAGAUUGGUGAUCUUCGUAGCGGAGAAAAGUACGAACAGGAGAAAAGCCAACGCAUACAGAAGGCCAUACCGAUGGGUUCGAUGGAUCGCGAACGACUAGCUUCAGCGCAACGAUCCAAGCAGAACAUUCAACCGGAACCACCUAGUGGAGCUGCUCUGCUCGUAGCGCCCGAGCUCCCAUUUAGACCUGCUACAGCUGGAACGGUAUCUCAAGACGCCCCAGAUACUUCAGCAAACGGCGAGCCGAAGCCGCUCGCAAAUGGGCACACGAACGGAGUUACCAACGGAGUUACGACCAACGGGACACUUGCGCCGGGAAAGCAGAAGUUCAUCUCACAGCCUAUUUCGGGCGUACAGCCACUGGCGCUAACCCAAGACAACGCCCCAGACUUACAUCUACUUACACCGGAGGAGGUAGAACUGUGUAAGGUUUGCCGAAUACAACCGAAGCCGUAUUUGAUGAUAAAAGAACAGGUAUUCAAAGAAGGUCUAAAAGGCAACGGAGCUUUAAAGAAGAAGCAAGUGAAGGAGAUUUCUCGAUUAGAUUCGCAGAAGGGGGGCAGGAUAUUCGAUUUCUUUAUUAACUCGGGUUGGAUUGCUAAGGCCUAAGCUUUUCCGGUAGUAAGUUUAGGAAUACCGUCAGAUGCGAUCGGUUCAAUAUCCUAUAAAUUCUUUGGGGAUUUACCCUUACCUUGUCCCCUUACAUUGCAAGCAUAUUGGAGUAAGGGAUGUAUAUCUAUCAACCCUGUCAAGAAAGAAGAAUGAGAGAGAAGAGGGGGUGAGAUGGCUGAUAACAUGCAGCACAUUCAUCGCUUCGGCCAAACAGGUUCUCCACAGUUAAACUUGAACCGCGGCAGAAUCCGUAAUUAAUACAGUGGCCUUUGCAUUCAUAUGGGCGAUGAUUUUAGUUAGACAGGCUCUUGGAGUCCGAGUCUUAUCCCGAGUAACUUAAUACGACGUACCACACGUUAGGUACCUACCUAGUUAACAAUGUGAUAGCAGCUAAUGCAAGGUUAUAAGUCUCUGUCUCUUCGCGAUGUCUCAAUAUAGUUUCAUUUUAUGAGACAACUCGUGGUGCGUGUUAAGUACAGCAAGAAGUUACACCGACGCAUAAGAAUGCGGACAUACCCGUGUUGAUGUAGUUAGCCGGUGUAAGAUAGACGGGAUUAUGCACAUACUAUGUACUAACAUAAUUCUGACCAUUCCUAUUUCUACCUGCCGGUCCGCGCCCUAGUGCGACCUUUCCCCCCCCUUCUUCCCACGA